GGCGCGGCGCGGCGGCGGCGGCGGCGGGCGGCUCUCCUGCUCCGGCGGUGUGAGGUUAUGCCACUCUCCAGGUUUGCUGGGUGCCUGCCGGUGAAAGAGAAGGGUUGAUAUUUUGCCCAGGCCCUUAGGUCCUGAACCAAAAUGGCAGCUGGAGAGUCCCCUCCCGUAAGAGAUGUCUUCAUCGACUUGCAGCAGGGCAGAGAUGACGCAGAGAAAGCCUCUCCUGGUGCCGAGGACGAUGAGGACUUGGAUAAGACUUUGUCAAUCGAGAGAUUUGGGGACCUGAUAAGCAAGUCAGCAUCAAGCAAUCUGGAGAAGCAAAGUCGCAGCUACAGUGAGAGAGAUUUUGAAUUCCACCGCCAAACCUCGCACCACAUCCAUCAUCCCCUUUCCACUCACCUCCCUUCUGCCCUCAAGUUCCAAAAGAGGCCACCCCGUGCCAGCAGGAGGAAAAAAAGGAGGAGGAAAAAGAAGAAAACCUCAAUACCUCCCUCAGAGGUGACCCCCACCAUCCAGGAAGAGGACGAGGAGGGAGGAGAGGAGGAGGAAGAAGAGGAAGAAGAAGAAGAGGAAGAAGGAGAAUCUGAGGCAGAGGAGGUCCAGGAGAAAGAAAUCUCUGCAGAAUCUGAGGCCGAAGCUCGUGGGAAGGACACAUCCCCUAAGCUGGAGUCCCCAAGCAAACCAAAGUUCACUGUUGGCAGCGAUGAGGAGGAGUCCAGCAGCACUCCAGCUCCUGCGCAGUUCCACGUGGAGGAGGAGUGUGGCAUCCUGUCCCCCAUGCCUCGCUUUGCUGACCUGCUGCAGGACAAGGGCCCUGCCUCUCUCCACAGCCCUCCCGGGCCUCGAGAGCGUCUGUCACGUGGGUGGGAGAAGCGCAAGGCCUGGGGCCAGGUGGCGAGUGGACAACGGGUCACCUACGACUUGAAGGAAAGGAUGUGCAUCGGCAGCAUGACCACCCUGGAGAGUGCGGCGUACCAGCGCGUCCCCACAGACGAGGCCGAGGCCCAGAUGCUGGCAUCUGCUGACUUGGACGGCAUGAAAAGCCACCGCUUUGAAGAUAACCCAGGUGUGAGGAGGCAUCUGAUGAAAAAACCAUCUCGGAGUCAGAUCACCAGGACAAGCAAAAAAUUAGCAUCAACUCCAUCUGUCAAGAAAAAGAAGAAGAAGAAGAAGUUGGAUAGAAAGCCCCACGAGGUAUUUGUGGAGCUGAAUGAGCUGGUGGUGGAUAAGAACCAGGAGAUGCACUGGAGGGAGACAGCCCGCUGGAUCAAGUUUGAGGAGGAUGUUGAGGAGGAUACAGCAAGGUGGGGGAAACCCCAUGUGGCUUCACUGUCCUUCCGCAGUCUGUUGGAGCUCAGGAAGACUAUUGCCCACGGUGCCGUCCUCCUUGACUUGGAGCAGACCACUCUGCCUGGCAUUGCUCACCUCAUGGUGGAGACCAUGAUCAUCUCUGACCAGAUCAGGGCAGAAGAUCGAGCCAACGUGCUGCGUGCCCUGCUGCUGAAGCACAGCCAUCCCAAUGAUGAGAAGGAGGGCUUCUUCCCGAGGAACCACUCCAGCUCCAGCAUGAACUCCAUUGUGGGAAACCACCAUCACAACCACACCACAGACACAUGCGUGCCCCUCAUGGGGGAAGAACGCAUUGAGAUGGCUGACCCCAAGGCCAACGAGACCGAGUGCAAGGAGAAAAACCCUCAUCUUCAUAACUCUGAGGGCCAUCGUAAAUACCUGAAGCUGAUGGAGAAAAUCCCUGAAGAUGCAGAGGCCACAGUGGUCCUUGUGGGUUGUGUGCAGUUUCUAGAGCAGCCAACCAUGGCCUUCGUCCGACUAAAUGAGGCUGUCUUCCUGGAAUCUGUCUUGGAGGUCCCAAUUCCUGUCAGAUUCAUCUUUGUGCUGCUGGGACCUAGCCAGGCCAACAUGGACUACCACGAAAUUGGCCGCUCAAUCUCCACCCUCAUGUCUGACAAGCACUUCCAUGAGGCUGCAUACAUGGCAGAUGAUCGUCAAGACCUCCUCAAUGCAAUCAACGAGUUCUUGGACUGCAGCAUUGUCAUCCCCCCAUCAGAGGUGGAGGGGAAAGACUUGCUCAAAUCCAUUGCCACCUUCCAGAAAUUGCUGCUGAAGAAGAGGAAGGAGAGGGAGCAGAAGUCCAUGAAGGAGGGCACUGCUCAGGAAGCCAAAGAGCUGUGUGAAGUGAAAGCUGAGGAAGAAGAGGAGGAAGCUGAGGAUGACCCUUUGAAGCGAACUGGGAUAUUUUUUGGAGGUCUGGUUCGGGACAUAAAGCGCAGGUACCCCAAAUACCUCAGUGACAUCAGAGAUGCCUUGCACAGCCAGUGUCUCGCAGCCGUUCUCUUCAUCUACUUUGCUGCUCUCUCUCCUGCCAUCACCUUCGGGGGACUCCUAGGAGAGAAAACUGAGGGUCUCAUGGGGGUCUCCGAGCUGAUAAUCUCCACCUCGAUUUUAGGCAUCCUCUUCUCCCUGCUUGGAGCCCAGCCACUCCUGGUUAUUGGCUUCUCAGGGCCUCUGCUGGUGUUUGAAGAAGCUUUUUACAAGUUCUGCCAGACACAAGGCAUUGAGUAUCUGACAGGCAGAGUGUGGAUUGGUUUGUGGCUCAUCGUCUUCAUCUUCAUUAUCGUGGCAGCAGAAGGAAGCUUCUUGGUGCGCUACAUCUCGCCCUUCACCCAGGAGAUCUUUGCUUUCCUCAUCUCCCUCAUCUUUAUCUAUGAGACCUUCUACAAACUCUACAAGGUGUUUGCAGAACACCCUUUGCUGAAGUUCUACCCACCAAACGUGCAGAGCAGCCUGAAUGCCAGCGUGCUCUCUACGGAUGCGAUGUCACUGGGAACCAGGAUGCAGCCCAACACUGCUCUGCUGUCCCUCAUCCUCAUGCUAGGCACUUUCUUCAUUGCCUUCUUUAUGCGCAAGUUCAAGAACAGCCGCUUCUUAGGAGGAAAGGCGCGGCGGAUCAUCGGAGACUUUGGGAUCCCCAUCUCCAUCCUGGUCAUGGUGCUGGUGGAUUACACCAUCACUGACACAUACACACAGAAGCUGAAUGUCCCCUCCGGCCUGUCGGUCACAUCCCCUCACAAGCGUGGCUGGUUCAUCCACCCCAUGGGCAGUAGUGGGACCUUUCCGCUGUGGAUGAUGUUUGCCUCUGCCAUCCCUGCCCUCCUGGUCUUCAUUCUUAUCUUCAUGGAGACACAGAUCACUACGCUGAUUGUUAGUAAGAAGGAGAGGAAGUUGCUGAAAGGCUCUGGCUUCCACCUGGACCUUCUGCUCAUUGGCACUAUGGGGGGGCUUUGCGCUCUCUUCGGGCUGCCCUGGCUGACGGCGGCGACAGUGCGCUCCGUCACCCAUGUCAAUGCCCUGACCGUCAUGAGCAAGGCCAUCGCACCCGGGGAGAAGCCCAGGAUCGAGGAGGUGAAGGAGCAGCGUGUGACCGGAGUGCUUAUUGCUGCCCUUGUCGGUCUGUCCAUUGUGAUGGGGAACAUGCUGCGGCAGAUCCCCCUGGCUGUUCUCUUUGGCAUCUUCCUCUACAUGGGGGUUACAUCGCUCACCGGCAUCCAGCUCUACGAGCGCCUGCUCCUGAUCUUCAUGCCAUCCAAGCACCACCCUGACCACAUCUACGUUGUCAAGGUGAAGACCUGGAGAAUGAAUCUCUUCACCUGCAUUCAACUGGCCUGCAUUGUGCUGCUCUGGGUGGUGAAAUCUACAGUGGCAUCGCUGGCCUUCCCCUUUGUCCUGAUCAUGACAGUGCCAUUGCGACGCUUCGUGCUGCCCCGCUUCUUCCAUGACAGGGAGCUCAAAGCGUUGGACUCGGAGGAUGCGGAGCCAAAUUUCGACGAGGAUGGCCGGGACGAGUACAACGAGCUGCACAUGCCUGUGUGAGCCGGGAGCUGCCCUCCCUGCUCGUGAGACAGGUGGCUCAUGCCUGCUCACCCCUCCCAAGAACUGACUGGAGACUUGCCGUGAGUCACAC